AUGGGUCGUCGAAGACAAAGAGAAAGCGUUUGGAUUCAGUUCGUCGCGUUGCUUUGUUUGUUUGACUGGUCUGCAGCGCAGAUCUCUUACUCCGUUUCAGAGGAGGUGGACAAAGGCACGUUUGUGGGGAAUCUCGCUAAGGAUUUAAACCUUAAUGUACAGGAAAUCGAGUCGAGGGGUCUAAAGAUUGUUUCCGGACAGAGUAAGAAGUAUUUCGAGGUUAAUUUGAAAACGGGGAUACUGUUCGUUAACGAGAGAAUAGACAGAGAGGAGCUUUGUCCGAAUACGGUAAAGUGCUCUCUAAAUAUACAGGCCAUAAUGAGCCAUCCUAUGUUUCUUCAUCGCAUUGAACUAAAUAUUCUUGACGUAAAUGACAAUGCACCGUCAUUCCUUGAACAGUAUCAUACAUUUAAUAUUUCUGAAUCUUCUUCGCCCGGUGAGAGAUACCCUCUACCUAUAGCAAAUGACGCAGAUACGGGAAGUAACUCGGUAGAGAGCUACAAGCUGAGCUCGAAUGAAUACUUCUCUCUGGAUGUACAGAGCGGCGGAGAGCAGAGUGUGUCGGCUGAGUUAGUGCUGCAGAAAGCUUUAGACCGAGAGAAACAGCCCGUUAUCCAGCUCACACUGACCGCUCUAGAUGGUGGAAAACCUCCCAGGUCUGGGACGUCACAAAUCAUUGUUCACGUAAUAGAUGUCAAUGAUAACUCGCCAACAUUUAGCAAAUCCCUCUACAAGGUCCGUGUUAAUGAAAAUGUAUCUUUAGGGACACAACUAUUGAAGUUAGAGGCUACCGAUUUAGACGAGGGUCCAAACGCUGACAUUGUAUAUAGCUUUAUGAAGCGUGGAAAUGUGAACUAUGCAGACAUGUUCUCCAUAGAUUCACAAAGUGGUGAGAUUACUGUAAAUGCGAAUUUAGAUCACGAGGAAAAUGCAGCAUAUGAGCUACGUGUGCAAGCGACGGACCAAGGCCCUUCGUCCCGCAGUGGUUAUUCUAAAGUGUUGGUUGAAGUUAUUGAUAUCAAUGACAAUGCUCCCGAAAUAUCUGUGACGUCGUUAAUGAACCCAGUAAAGGAGGAUGCUGACAUAGGGACCGUGGUUGCCUUGGUGACAGUUACAGAUAAAGAUGGAGGUAAAAAUGGCUUCAGUAACAGUAAACUUGUUGGCUCUGUUCCUUUCAAACUGAUGUCGAACCACAAAAACGAUUAUUCGUUAGUGGUAGACGGGCAUCUGGACAGGGAGCGCGCUACUCAGUAUAAUGUCACCAUCACAGCCACGGAUGAAGGGACCCCGCCUCUCUCCAGCACCAGAGUUAUUACUGUAGACGUUUCUGAUGUGAAUGACAACGCUCCUCGCUUCUCAGAUCCCGUUAUUAAUAUUUAUGUCAAAGAGAACAGUCCGGUAGGUGACGUCAUUUAUAAGAUGUCUUCUUUUGAUCCAGAUUCAGAUGAAAAUGCAAAGAUGACGUAUUCAUUAUUAGGUAAAAGUGUUUCAAUAUCAUCAGCUGUAAAUAUAAACUCAGAAACAGGAGAUAUAGUCAGUCUUCAGUCUUUUAACUAUGAGGAGAUAAAAAAGUUCCAGUUUAAAGUUCAGGCCACAGACUCUGGUAUUCCUCCGCUCAGCAGCAACGUGACUGUGAACGUUUUUAUUCUGGAUGAGAAUGACAACAGUCCUGGGAUUCUCGCGCCCUAUUCUGAUCACGGCUCCGUUAACAAUGAGAACAUUCCCUAUUCUGCUGAAGCGGGCUACUUUGUGGCCAAGAUCAGGGCUGUAGACUCCGACUCUGGCUACAAUGCGCUGCUUUCUUAUCACAUCUCUGAGCCCAAGGGAACAAACCUCUUCCGAAUCGGAACCAGCACAGGGGAAAUAAGGACUAAGAGGCGAAUGAGUGACAAUGACCUGAAAACUCACCCGUUGGUCGUGAUGAUUUCUGAUAACGGAGAACCCUCACUGUCAGCGACUGUGUCUAUUGAUGUAGUGGUGGUUGAAAGUACCACUGAAAUCCAGACUGAAUCCAGAAACGUACCGAGAAUAGAGGAGAGCUUCUCUGAUUUAAACCUGUAUUUGCUGAUCGCCAUUGCCUCGGUGUCAGUGAUAUUUUUCCUGAGCCUGAUCAGUUUAAUAGCUGUAAAAUGCUUCAGGACAGACGACAGUUUCAAAAGGUACGGCGCCCCAGUGAUCACCACACACCCUGACGGGAGCUGGUCUUACUCUAAAUCUACUCAGCAGUAUGACGUGUGUUUCAACUCAGACACAAUGAAGAGUGACGUAGUGGUUUUCCCCGCACCGUAUCCACCUGCAGAUGCAGAACUGAUCAGUAUUAAUGGAAAUGACACGUUUGACAGGACUCAAACAUUACCCAACAAAGACAAGGUAAGAGGAAUACCCGUUACGAAUGUGUAA